UCCUCCCCCUUUCUGACGGCUCAGCGGUAGGACUAACCCCGGGACAACAUGGCGUCAGGCGUGACCGUGAACGACGAGGUGAUCCGGGUGUUCAACGACAUGAAGGUGAGGAAGUCUUCGUCGCAGGAGGACGUGAAGAAGAGGAAGAAAGCGGUGCUGUUCUGCCUGAGCGAAGACAAGAAGAAGAUCAUCGUGGAGGAGGGCAAGCAGAUCCUGGUGGGCGACAUCGGGGAGAGCGUGGACGACCCGUACGGCUGCUUCGUCAAACUGCUGCCGCCCAACGACUGCUGCUACGGCCUCUACAACGCCACCUACGAGACCAAGGAGUCCAAGAAGGAGGACCUGGUCUUCAUCUUCUGGGCUCCAGACGGUGCUCCUCUGAAGAGCAAGAUGAUCUACGCCAGCUCUAAAGAUGCCAUCAAGAAGAAGUUUACAGGGAUUAAGCACGAGUGGCAGGUGAACGGUUUGGACGACAUCCAGGACCGCGCCACGCUGGCAGAGAAACUGGGGGGAACGUGGUUUGUUUGAGGGGAAGCCUGUGUGAUGACCCC